CUUCCAUGGUGCGCGAUACUCCUGCUUAUCCCUCUUUGUCCGGUGGCGACAGAAGGCCAUGAUAAUUAUGGCAAAAUUUGCGUUUUUGAAUGAAUUAUAGUUGAAUGGUGGAUCAACAAGCAUACACCGUGUGAGGACCGGUUUGCUGGCAAUGACACACCAGAGAGUUUCAAUUUAAAGGACAGCCGAGCAAGCAACGGAGAAAGGUCAUAUUAGCUAAUGGCUGCCGAAUCGGGGAGACUACUGGCGGGACAAGGAAAACGAAGCAAAGCUUCACAGAUGAAGAGCCCGGAGAAGAAGAAGGCGAGGAAAUCCACAACUCAGGCGGCGGGGUUCUCUCACCUCACUGAGUUUGCACCCCCUCCCACCCCCAUGGUGGACCAUCUGGUCGCCUCCAACCCGUUUGACGAUGACUUUGGGCCUCCAUCCAGACCAAGUGGGGCAGGUGGACCAGGUGGGGCUCCGUUUAUUCCCAGCCCAGGUGCCGGUGGAGGAGGUGGAUAUGGAGGGGGAGGCAGAAUGGGUGGAGGCAUGAACUUCAUGGGAGGACCAGGAGGACCAGGUGGCGGCCAGCCUGGACGGAGGCCACCAUUUGGACCCCCAUCCAACGCUGGACCCCACCACCAGCUAGGCUUUGGAGGAAUGCCUGGCUUUGGAGGUGGGGGUGGGGGUGGCGGUAGUGGGGGAGGUGGAGGAGGUGGUGGAUUCCCUCCUGGUGGCCCUUCCCAGUUCAACAUGCCACCAAGCUUCAGUCCACCCAUGCAUCCCGGGCCAGGAUUCAAUCCCAUGUUGUCUCCAGGGGGUAUGGGAGGUCCUGGUGGAGGGGGACCACCCCACCCUCGGUUUGGCAUGCCUCCACAGCAGCAGCAUGGACAGGGUGGGCACCCAUUCAACAGUCCUCCAUUACCUGGUGGUGGAGGCCCGAGAGGGCCCUUGCCUCCGAUGGGAGGAGGCAUGGGUCCGGGGAUGAACAUGAUGGGUGGCGGCCCCGGUGGCAACAUGGUGGGAGCGCUGCCAGGCAUGCCUCCUCAAGGACAGUUUCCUCCCUCACAGGAUGGCCCCUACCCCGGCCCCAGUCCACCAGGACCAGGCAACGAGGAUGGAAAGAACUUUGGAGGAGGGGGGGCACCACCCGGGCCUCAGCAGCAGCAACAACAGCAGCAGCAACAGCAGCAGCAGCUUAAUCUAAAUCCCAAUGGCCCUCCACCUAAUAACACCACCCCCGGCCCCCCUCCUAACUCCGGCCCCCCACAGCCUGGUGGAGGCUUCCCCGGCCACCCAGACGUCCAGCAACCCAACGCCAACACACCUGGUCAGCCUCCGUCGGCACCACCGCAGCCUAACCCCAACGCUUCUCCGACGGGUCCUCUGAAUGGAUCAGGCCAGCCCCAGCAUCCACCACCCAGCCAGCUACAGCCCCCCAGCAACACGAACACCCCCAACUCUAACAACUCUACCCAGCAGCAGCAGCAACAAUCCACUCCGCCUAACUCUGCACCGGGCUCCACCCCUUACAACCAACAGAACAACACUCCUGGUGCCGGUGGUCCCAUGCCAAAUGCUGCCACCAAUUCAGGUCAGAACAACAUGACCAACAACAACGGUGGCAACACCCCCGGCAGCAACCCCAACCCACCCUCUAACUCCACCUCAACUCCCAACACUCAGUCUCCGCUGCCUCCUGGCCCUGCUGCAUCCUCAACCGGUCCCGGGUCCGGCCCCGGAAAACUCGGUGGCCCUGGGAUGGUCUUCCCUUGUGGCCUCUGUAUGGCGGAGGUGCACGACGACCAAGACGCCAUCCUUUGCGAGGCGUCCUGCCAACGCUGGUUCCACCGGGACUGCACGGGCCUGACAGAACCGGCGUACGGGCUGCUGACUCGAGAGAGCGCUGCUGUUUGGGCUUGUGACUUCUGCAUCAAGACCAAGGACAUCCAGGCUGUGUUUGUGCGCCAGGGAUUAGGCCAGCUGGUGGCAGCUAACGAGAGUUGAGGAGGGUGUGAGGAAGAGCAGCGUUGAGGUGUGGCGCGUACAGACAAACAGACUCUGAUCGAACUGAGUGGCCUGUGUGUCAUGUCAGCUACUUGCCCAACUUUGUCUUGACUAGCCCUUUACUUGUUCACUACACAAAGAAACACGCUCAUUGACUUUCAUGCUUAUCUAUAGCACUUUGAGUGACUCUAGGCAAAUGAUCCCCCCCCGCCCCACCCUCUCUCUCCCAAUAGGAGUCAAACAACGAUGAAUGUUAAACUUACACAGUCCUUCAGAUAUCUAGCCUGCCAACCAGCAAAGCACUGACACCAACACACUACCUCACACAGUUUGACUGACUGGCACGGAAGCUCGCGCACUGACUGACUGUGAUGGACUCGCUACUCUCAUGUGUCACGGGUGUGUGGUGGUAUUUCACACACUCACAAAUUCACAUUUAGAUCAAAGAAAAAAUUCAAUCGGGGAAAAAAAAAUUCAGAGUACCUUAACGAGUGUCAUUCAUUGAUUUCCAGCUUCAUGUGCUACCACAAGGCUUCAGUCUAGCACUGCCCUGUCAUGUUGUUCCUGCAAGCAAGUGAGAGGAAAAUGAAAAACAAUAUCACCUUUCGUUUUGCAAUAUAGAAAUCUCAGUAUCAAAUGUAUUGUGAAGCAUAAAUGCCAGCUGGACUAAGAUCAGCUGUUAAGUUCUUUUUACAAUCCCUGCACCUCCACACAUGCAUAGACACACACACACACUUUGACUCUUGUAUGAUUUUUGUACCCAGUGCUGAUUAAUCCAAAGGAGAGAGAUUUCAUCCACACCUCACAAAGAGGAUCUUGCCAACGAAACAGUUGUAAAUAUCAAGACAAAACCUUUUGUCUGUAACUUCCAUCUGUCGUGAACAUGCCGCAGAGUCAACCAAUGAACAAAAACGAUGAUUUGAACCUGUGUGUCUUGGUUGUAUACAGUAUGACGUUUUUGGUUUUUAUACAGUACAUUUGAGUCCACCAUUUCUUUUUAUCUCUGCAGAAUUGUGAAAUCAGUGCUUUUGGAUGGUGUUGGCAUAGCAAGUAGUGACAUCAUGUCAUAUCAGAUGUGCAUAGUACUUUUUAAAAAAGAGAAGAAAAAACAUUACAAAAAAACCGGGGAGGGGGGUGCAUGUGAACCAAUGCAGUAACUGUCUGAUCUGUUGAUGUUUAUAUUCUGGUUUCUGCACCACAAGAGACCUUGAAGUAGACCAAAUAACUAAAGAGCGAAAAAAUGCCCAUUUUUUUUUCACAUUUCUGUUGCGAUAUGAGGUGUUUAUAACUAUUCUUCCUUCUUCUCUUUCCUUAUUUUUCUUUACUCAAUGUCCAAGUUGCCUUUCUUUUCUUGCUCUCAGCUGUUCCUUUUGAUUUUGUACUGGUAUUCGUGCUGUGCUCUUGCUCUGCUCUGGUGCCUCCUGGUGGAACCCGGAGGAACCUGUGAUUCCCACAUCGGGUGGGGAAGGGAAAGGUACUGAACUCUGAAGUAAAGACAGAUUUUUUUUUUUGUACUCGUCCAUGUCUGUUUUUAUUCCCAUUUUUUAAAAAGAUUUGUUUGCUAAUCGUUGUAUUAAAAUGAGGGUUGGGAAAACCCAUUGAAACAGA